AUGAGCGAUGAGGGGAGUCUUCAGCAAUCGGAAGCUGAGGAUACUGGUAAGGAACCCACGAAAAUCGAUAACUCGAACGAUAAUGACACAAAUGACAGAGAUCCCAGCUUGCGCGAAAGUGCAAAAGUGAAUGCUUCACAGGGCCCUUUGAUACUGGAAACUCUGAUUGAAUACCUACCAAACGAUUGUAGCCCCACUAGUUUCGAUGCUCACGACAAAAAUCUGUAUUUGGGAACACAACAAGGCGAUCUUUUGCACUAUUUCGAGAUGGAGACUAAAAACUAUAUGCUAGUUUCCCAGACCAAAUUCGAUCCCGAGCAUUGCGAGCCAAUUGAAGCGAUCAGAGUACUUGCAUUGAUCGAAAUCGCAUUAGUUCACACCGGAGGGGCUUUACACUUCUUUCUCUUACCUGAAUUCGCACCUGUCCCCAAUAUGGGCAGUAUACCCAACGUGUGUGACUUCCAAGUAAUCCGGUACUCCUCCAGCUCAAAUGCUUACCAGAUACAGGUAUUUGGUUCAGAAGGAGCCAAAAAAGUCACCGUAUUCAAUAAGCGUAUUGUAACCUCCGACUUGGUGUUCUCCAAGCCGAUCUCGAGGGCUAAAGUCUACCGCAAGUCGAUGAUGGCGUCAAACGGAUCCAAUUACGAACUCACAGAUCUCAAGACCAAAGAAACCGUCCCUUUAUUUCACGUCAGUGAGACAGGCGCCGACCUAAAGCCUUUGGUUGCAAUUUUCAAUACUGAUGAGUUUCUUGUGUGCUGCGGGAACUCCAUGGAAGAUAGCGCAAUGGGACUUGUCGUAAAUUGUCAAGGCGAUAUCACACAGGGUACUCUAGUCUUCGAAAAGUACCCAUUAGACGUUCUCAUCGACCUACCUCUGAUACUCGUGGAUUACGGUGAACAUGGCGUCUACGUCUAUCAGCUCGAGAUGAAUAACGAGCCCAAGAUUGUGCAAAAAUUCUGGAGCACUUCUCAUGAUGGCAGGCUACGGUUAGCGAAGACAAGCAAUAUCUUUUCCGUCGACAAGCCGGAAAGAAAGCAACAAGUCGUUGAGAAGCUUCGCUCUGUUCCCUUGACUCCAGGUACUCAUGAAUUUCGCAUCAACGAAGAAAGAGCAUAUGUGGAGAACAACUAUGAAGAAAACACGUCUUCACUGUUAUAUUCCUCUGCAGGAAUUUAUCUGUUGAGCAAGGAACCUGUGAUUCUUCAAGUCAACGACUACGACGAGCCGACGAUUGAGAAGAUCAACCGAAUACUGGAGCAUUACAGAGGCCUCAAUUAUUUGGGAUCUCACCUAAAACUCGAGAUGCACUAUUUACGCCUAUUGCAACUCUUUCUCAUGACCUUACAUUGCCCGUCGAUAGAUCGAUCAAUUGUCAUGGAAUGGUGCACUAGUGCUGUGGAUGUUGAUCUGCGAAUCUUUUUAAACUUGUGUGAUAUUGAAGUGUUUGGUGAUGUUUGGGUGCCCAAUGGUCUUAUAAAGUUCAUCAGCGAAACGCGCGGGUUGAAGUUGAGCAAUAAAUUCACAAACUUUGCGGAACAGCUCGAGACAAUUCGGGUCGAGCUCCGAGAUGAUAAAUUAGUCUCUAUAAAGGAUAGAGAGAACGUUUCUCGCAGUGUCGAUAUCGCAAUUGUAAAGUAUUAUGUGGAUCAUGGACUUAGUGUCGACUUAGACCAAUGCGAGGCCACGAGCUACCUGGAUAUACUAGUCUUACUCAAGGGAAAAGAGGAGCAGUAUAGCCGGUUGAUGUACGACAUUUAUUUUCGCGUGGGUGACUAUCCAAGCUGCCUGUCGCUGCUGAAGGAAGGGAAGAACGGGCCUCAAAUAAGCUCUUUCAUUCUUGAGAAUCUCACAAAUCUACAAAAAAGCCAAGGAUAUGACGACCAGAGGCUGCUGGAAGAUAUUGUGUUCCUGAUAGAGACUGCGGCUAAUGUACUCGAACGCGAACCUAUGAUGAAAGAUAUCACAGACAUUCUGAGUCGAUCCAAGCUUGGCGUAAAGGAUUUGAUAUCCGUGCCCGAGAAGAACGUCACGAAAAUGGCGAUUUUGGAGGCUUUAGGUUCCAAUGACGUUAAUGAUAAGCAUUUUAUGAUAGAAUAUUAUGUCUCGAGACUUCGAGAAGUAUUGGAAAGAGAUAACCUGUGGGAGUUUCUUGGUGCAUUAUCUGCAUCCUAUGCUCAAGAUCUGGACUAUUUAAAGCCGAGCUUAAAGACCUUCUUGGACCUGAAACUGAACACAAGUCCCGAGUGUAGCGACCUGCUACAUUAUGGAGAAAAGCUUAGAGCAUUGAUGUAUGCAGAUGACGAUAGGCUUGUCUUCGAUGCUGUUGUUGAAAAAAUAAAGCUCUUUGACAUUGCUAAUAUGCUGCUCUUCUUUUUGGUAAAAGAUGAAGACAAGCAUUUGAUUUUUGAGCAAGACUUGCUGGACAAGUUAAUGACUUACAAUGACUUCGAAACCAUCGACAAGCUAGUUACCGAGAAGGAUGUAAUAAAAGUCCUAAAAUUUUACCUGCAACUCGAAUCCAAAAACGACUCAUUCAUGCUGCUGAAAAAUCAUUUAGGAAAACAUCUCAACUCCAUGACCUCUCUUGAAGGCUUGAUUGAAGUUCUGAAGCUUAUCCCACAUGAUUUUGGCUUAGCAGAUAUUGUUGACUCUUUAGCCUUGGUACUGGUCAAAAUCAAAACAAUGAUCACGAAUCAAGAAUUAACAAAAGCACUAUUGAAGCAGAAGAUCUAUAAGGACGUUGAGCUUCUUGCACAACUGGAGGGAAAAGGCAACCUUCGAAAUUGA